AGACCCCGAAGACCCCAUCAUAUCGCUUCUUCUAUUCCGACUGCUCGGAUGUGGCUGACUCUGAUGAUGAGAUGGCUUGACUAUUAGCUUUAGCACCCGAUCAAGUCCACCGACCACAGUAGUUAAUACCUUGAUUUGGACGACUCUAGCUCCUCUUGGUAAAACACCACACCUACCUACCCCGCGGCCUGGAGAACAACUAAUCUUUCACCUCUUUGCUCAAUCGUAGUCUGGAAAAUGGCGUCAGAUAUCCCAAAUAGCCCCAUAAAAAGGGCCAAAAGGCUGCUUCUCAACGCCGAGAAAACCUAUGUCGACCAAAACCCAAAUUCCAAGAACCAGCAUUACCUAGCCAGCGAGGUGUUACCAGGCGGCAACACUCGCUCAGUCCUACACACAGACCCGUUCCCAAUCUGCAUGAUCAAGGGCGAUGGAAACAAACUAGUGGAUGUGGAUGGACACGAAUAUCUUGAUCUCGUCGGGGAAAUGACAGCCGGCGUGUGCGGCCAUUCCAAUCCGACCAUCCGCAACACUAUCAUCUCUACCAUAACUCAAACCGGACUUAAUCUGGGUGCGACUACUACCGCAGAGACCUCGUUUGCAGAGGCAAUCCGCCGUCGUAUCCCGUCGAUAGAACAGCUACGUUUCUGUAACUCCGGUACGGAAGCUAAUCUACAUGCCCUUAGUAUCGCCCGUCGUGCGACUGGGUUGUCCAAAGUGAUAGUCUUCAGCGGGGGCUAUCAUGGCGGUGUUCUCACCUUCGCUCACGGCGUUGCCGAGAACAACGUCGACAAAGCAGACUGGAUCAUCGGGAGGUACAACGAUGUGGAAGGGACCCGACGGCUUAUUUCCGAGAAUAAAGGUAUAGCAGCAGGGGUGCUUGUGGAGGGCAUGCAAGGCGCUGCGGGGUGUAUUCCCGGCACGGCGGAAUUUCUCCACACGAUCCAGACGGCUACUAGGGAAAAUGGGAUGGUAUUUAUUCUGGACGAGGUAAUGACUUCGCGACUUGCGCCGGGUGGGUUGCAAUCCGUUAUCCGCAGUCCCUACGACAAUACUGUCUUGGAGCCUGAUAUGACGACGCUAGGGAAGUGGAUUGCUGGGGGGAUGACUAUAGGGGCUUUUGGAGGUCGGAAGGAGCUUCUUGCGGCGUAUGAUCCGCGGAUUGUGGAGGGUUCUUCGGAGAGGAAGGUUCCGAUUGCCCAUUCUGGCACGUUCAAUAAUAAUACGCUGGCUAUGAAUGUUGGGUUAGUUGCUUUUGAGAGGGUCUUCACGCCGGAGGUAUGUAUUGAGCUUAAUGGCAUGGGUGACUGGUUCCAACAGGGGUUGCAAGAGCGCUGUCAAGGUAUUAGGAUGGCAGUAACGGGUGUUGGGGCAGUGUGCAACAUUCACUUUACAUCGGACAUCGAAGAAACUGGGAUUAACUGCGUGGAAGACUUGGUAACGCAGCCAAAUGGCGUGCAAGCAAUACUGAAAGACUUGUUCUGGUAUUAUGCUGUUCGGAAUGGAUACUGGAUAGCCAGGCGUGGCUUAUUGAGUUUGAUCAUAGGAACUAGCAAAGCGGAACUUGAGGCCUUUAUUGAUAUGCUGGAGAGCUUUGUCAAAGAGCAUCAUGAUCUCCUUAGCUGAGGUCCGCGGCCUUUCAUAGCAAUAUAUUGUGUGGUUGGCGAGAAGAUGUCAACAGGCUUCCAGGUCUUGUCUUGAGGUGCUUGAAUAAAG